CACAAUCUAUAUUCUUCUGAAUCAUCACGCGUUGUCGGGCGUCCAUGUCGGCUGUCAGCUUUCCCGAAUCUGUAAGCAUUGCGGCAUGCAUCGUAGGAUCACAUCCAAAUUCAUCUUCGAACCGUUGGAUGAAGACCACCAGACCACUUGCAGGAGCAUGGGUCCAAUAUGCAAACGCGGGGUACCCCAGGAUAUCAGGUGUAACCCCUACCAUGUGCUUGGCCAGCUCACUUUCUGCUGUCAACCACGAUACAUCAUUCAGACGACACGGUAACAUGCGAUCACGCUUCAAUCCAGAGAAGGCCUUCGUAACAUCCAACAACCACUGCGAAUUCAGUCAACGAUGCAGCUCGGGUUAACGCACUACGUCGUGGAAUCGUUGGUGAUAGGUUGCGACGGAUGGAGAGGCGCCUUCAAGUGAAGGCCAGCUACGAUCAUCAGUGAAAGCUCAAGGCUCGUCAAUUUAUUUACCCUGUAGCUUCUUUUCUCAAUUCCAAUUUGUGCAACAUUUUAUUUUGGUGGAUUGAAGAGCCAGCACCUCAACGAAUACAGGUCACAAGAGGUAAUGAACUUGAGAGCAACUCUGCCCUUUGUCAUAUUUGCGUAGUCUACGUCUCAGCAGUACUUUCUGCACCAUUUGCAAUUAACCAACAUCAUGAAGGGAAAGCAACGUCUUCUUCUUUACAUCCUCUCAAUGUCCCUGGGUGGGGCAGUCAUUGGCAUUGACUUGGGAAUUAUUGCAACGACUCUUGGUCAGACAGCUUUUACUGAAUAUAUGUUUCCUAAGGGUACAAAGCAUGUUGCCAGUCUGACAGGGGCUAUUGUUUCGAUGGGUUCCGCGGGAAAUACUAUCGGUUGUCUUCUGAACGGACUACUGCUCGAGCGGCUUGGGCGUCGACAGACACUCGCCUGGUCAACUUUCUUCACAAUUGUUGGUUCUGUCUUUCAGACUGCAGCAAAUGGUGUUCCUCUGAUGAUCGUGGGUCGAUUCGUCGCUGGUUUCGCCCUUGGUAUCCUAAACCCUACAAUUCCUAUUUACAUAUCAGAACUCGCCAAACCCACUGAGAGAGCAAGGCUCGUUGGAAUAUUCGGAAUGCUAGUUGCUAUUGGAUUCUGUUUGGCAAACUGGAUCGGUUAUGCUUGCUCUUUUGCUACUGGAAAUACGACUUGGAGACUUGCUUUAGGUUUACAGCUCCCCUGCGCGGCUGUUCUCCUUGUUCUCUCAUUCUUCUUGCCAGAAUCUCCAAGGUGGUGUAGGUGAAAUUUUCCAUAUUCUCUCGCUUGUGUUCAAGAACAACAGAAUUAUCAUUAACUUUCUUAGUGGCCCAGCAAGAAAGAUACGAAGAGUUUCAUGAGAACCUACGUCGGCUCUAUAGUGACGAAGACAAUGAAUUCUAUCUCCGGUCAGAAAUCGAGAUUCGAGAGCAAAUUAGACUGGAGGCGGAGCAACGUACUAAUGCCUCACUUGGCCACGCUUUAAUCGAGAUAUUUAAUCGACAAAACAUCAGACGAACUGCUAUGGCAAUUAUGGUGAUGCAAGUCGGAAUAUUAUCCGGUUCCCUUGCGAUCCAGAAUUACCAGUCGAUCCUGUAUGAAAGUUUGGGAUACAAAGGAAAGACUGUCUUGUUGAUAAGUGGAUGCUAUGGCUUUAUGGGAAUCAUAGGCCAGAUUAUCAACAACUUGAUCGUUUCUGAUAAAUUAUCUAGGGUGCGGACAAUGUGUAAGUGACCAAUCUUUCUAGGGUUAUUUCUAGCCCCCAGAACAAGCCAAGCUAAUGCUAACCAAAAACAGGGAUUGGUUGCAUUGUCUUAGCAGUCAUGCUCAGUGUCCUCAUGGCUCUCAGUAAAUUUUAUGGAGACGGUUUGCACAAAGAUGGAUCACGAGCUGGAAUAGCCUUGAUUUUCAUUUAUUCAAUGCUGUACGCCGUUUUCUUCAACAGCACAUUGUAUACCAUCGCUGCUGAGACCUUUCCAUUGCACCUUAGAGGAUACGGUACCUCGAUUGCAGCUUUAUGUCAAGGUGUCUCAGGCAUAUGGCUUGGCCAGGUUACUCCUUUUGCAUUUGAUGCGAUUCGUUGGAAGUACUACUCGGUGUUCAUAGCUUCGUUGAUAUUAUUGGGGGGUUUGUACUACACUUGCUUGACAGAGACCAACCAGUUGAGCCUUGAGAGCAUUGCGGGCAAGUUUGGGGACCGUACUAUUUCUAGCGAGAAGGUUGAUCUGGCCGUCCAACAGGGUGGAGACAAGCAUGAGGAAUUAACUGAAGAGAAAGAGUUGGCCUAACGAACCAGAAACUUCUCGGAAUUUGAUCAGAUGUGUCAUUGUCUUAGUUAAGAGGAGUUUCUCUUUUCUGGUGUAUCUUGGGUCGUAUUGCAAAUCUUUAAUUGUUAUUUGGGAUGUACUGGGAUAAACAUUUUCUCGG